UCAUUUUUCAGGUUAUGUGGUACGCGCCGACAACAUAACCUUAAUGUAUUUGAAACUUUUCUUUACUUAAUACUGCUUUGUUUAAACCGAUUUCUUGAAUGAUUUUGAUGAUCUACUAAUUUCUCAUUUUCUAAUCAUGUUAAUUAAGUUAACAAGUAUUUCAGUGUUUUGUUGUCUUCUAAAUAUAGUGUUCAGUUCCAAACUAAACGUACCGCGCGUUUUGCUACCUAUUUUUGAUGGCUUCUCUACAAAAUUUAUUCUGGAAGCAACUGAUGGAGACUGCUACAAAUGGACUACCUCACGCACCGACAUAAUAAAAUUAAUUCCGUACGAUAUGGACUUUGGAUUAGACUGCUCGUCAAAAGUAAUUGUGUUGACAAGCACUAAGGAACGGACUCGUAAUAUGGCUAUUGUAUUAGCAGAGGAUUUUUACACUAACCAAGUGUUACGUUGUGAUGUUAUUGUUGAUGUAAUCGACUCCUUAGACAUUAUUACUACGACUCGAGAAUUAUACGUUGAAGAGGCACCGGAGGCUUUCGAAGUGCGUGCUUAUGAUUCUCAGGGAAAUGAAUUUACUACGCUCGAGGGUAUUGAAUUCGAUUGGAAUAUCCUUCCGACAAGUACACUUGGCGGUCCGAGUGGCAUACGAUUUAUAACUUUCAAAGAUUCUCCUUACGAGGCUCCGGCUAGUAUUGAAAGUUUUGAAGACGAAAAUAAGAGAGGUCACACAGUUUUAUUGGCAGGGUUUAAAACCGGUUCUGCAAAAGUGAAAGUUAAUUUACCUCAUUACGAGUAUAGGAAUGUUAAGGGACAUGAAGUUCAGCUGUCUGUAAUUGCAAAUUUAAUUAUAACUCCACCGGAAGUCUAUAUGAUGGUCGGGGAUACUGUUGAAAUUAAAGUGAUACAGUUAAACAGUGGGCGAAUGGCAAAUAUUGACCUUUCGCUUUCAAAUUAUCAACUGCAGCUGGAAAAUAAAUCAGUAGCAACUAUUGAUAGUUCAUUGAUUGUCACCGGUUUACAAGUUGGGGACACCAAAAUUACAGUUUACGAUCCGAACAUUCCUGAAAAUGAGAAUGGAAAGUUACCGUCUUGCACUGUGCAUGUUGUCGAACCUGCCCAUAUGAUGCUUACAAUAUUACCAUAUAAAAACUGGGCAAUUUUGUUGACGGAACAUCACGAUAUUGUAGCCGAGGUUUAUACAAAGGACGGACAUAAGUUACACCUCGGUGACGGAGUAAAAAUUGACAUAGAAGUUGGUUCUCUAUUCUACGUACACGAACGCUCUGACAACGGCUCUUGGUUAACUGGUUGGGCAAGAGAAGUAGGAACCACACCCGUAAUCGGUGUUCUGCAUGGUGUUGUAAAUUCGAUCCUAGGAAAACUCGACUCGAGUCCUCCGAUUUCGGCUCAAGCAGAAUUAUCAAUCUAUUCUCAUAUUGCUUUGGAUCCAGAUGAAGCUAUAUUUCCAUGGGAUCCCAUUUUAAAAUCCAAGUACGAAGUACAAAUUAAAGCAAGUGGAGGAGACGGAAAUUUCUUUUGGAGUUCCAGCAAUCAGUCAAUCGGAAUUGUUACACAAACUGGUCUUGUCCGUACUCAUUAUUGUGGUCAUUUUCAAGUUAGCGCAGCUAUGCUGAAGAAUCAGGAUAAUAAGGAAUCGGCCAGAAUUCACAUUCUACCACCAACAAAGCUCAAGAUUAUUGAAUACAUCAUGGAAGCCGAAGUAAAUCAACCCAUAUUUUUACACGUCGCGCUAUUUGCGACCAAACAGGUUAAAGGAGAGGCAAAAACUUAUGACCUUCCAUUUAACAAGUGUCAAGAGUUGCCAUUUGUAGUUAAACUGGCAAAUGAGAAUUUUUUCCAUAAUUCGACAGCAGUAACCACACCGAUUGGUGUGUCCUGCACGACGAUAUGCAUAGUGGGUAGGGAUGUGGGAAUCAGUAAAGUGAGCGUUAGUUAUACCAUCGAUGGAAAUUUACUCGAGGAUACUGUCACUGUCAGCACCUUUGAACCGCUUCAAUUAAUCUCCCCUACUCAUUACGACAUUGCCUUAGCAGUAGACACAUCAAUUGAUGUGAUUUUCAGUGGUGGUCCAAAACCACUUGUUGGUCGGCCUUCAGUUUACAAGAGAACUGUGCUUAGUCAAUCAGAUGUGGUUGUUUCCGCGCAUGACAUUACGGACGAAAAUCCCUCAAAUAAAAACGACUUAAUAAAGCUUCGUGUGCAUUGUUUAAAAAAGGGAUCAAGUGGUGUAAUUUUGUCGAUUACCAAUAGUCCAAUUUUGCCUAAUUCUAACGUUCACGAAACUUCUUCCACCAUAAGUGUUUGGUGUGUUGAACCAUACUCGAUAUCUUUACAUCCUGUCUUAAAAAUGGAGGAUGCCAAAACAUGUCCUAUAGAUGUAAGCGCCAGUCGAGUCAUCGUACCAAGUUACAAAAGUAUUGAAGUUGAUGUCAGAGUUAGAGACGAAAGUGACCGUCUAUUAUUAAAUAUAUCUUCAUUGAGGUUACACUGGAUUACAGACCCCGUGGAUAUGGCUGAUCUUGGAAACCCCAAUAGUGUAUUUCAAAGAAGCGCUGUACAUAAUGGUGUGGAAUAUGCAGACGGAAAUUACCAACUGAUCACUCCAAAGACAGAUAUUGGAAUUUUAAAGCUAGGCGUGGUGUUACAAGGAUAUUUUAAAGAUAAAUUUGAGUAUGUGAACGUCGAUUGCACAUCAAGGGGAAACUCACGUUGCAUUAGAGAUGAAGUAUACUUAUAUCUAGAAAGGAAUGCAGUUGCAAUUCCUGACGUUAUAUCGAUUUAUAACCAUCCUAACAAUAAGAGACGCGUUAAAAUUGUUCACGGUUCCGGAUAUUACGAUAUUUCGUUGAGUCACUAUGAUGUAGUUCGAGUGAAGUACUUAAAAGGAAGCCGCGAACUAGAAAUAAUUCCAAUAACUAUGGGAGAGGUGGAAAUUGUGGUGACCGACUUAUGCUUACCAUCACCUCCUGUCACUAUUACCGCUACAGUUGUGUCAAUGAGCAGUAUUAAAGUUCAAAUGCUCGAUAAAGUCGAAAUUGGAAAAUCUAUCACUGCCAUUGUUACGGUGUACGAUUCGUACGAUAACAUUCUGGUUGUACCCGAAUUAGAUCUGUCAAGGAUCACUGCAGAUCUCGGCAUAAAAAUUGCCAAAUUGGAUCGGGUUGAAGACAAAGGGCUUGAUGGUGCAUCCGAAGAGGAAAUUUUAUAUACUGUCACAGGUACUGAAUUGGGUAAUACAAAGAUUACGUUUGCAAUUGGUGACAUCGUCAGCCCAAUGAUCGAUCUACAAGUGUUCCCUCCUUUAAAAAUUAUACCUCGAAAUGCCACUUUGCUGAUUGGAUCAGUGUUUCAGUACAGUUGCCGAGGAGGACCACAACCAGAAAACAUAGUAUACAAUAUUAUGAAUAAAUCAAUUGCAGAUAUAAGCAAUACAGGCAUCGUUCAUGCAUUGGACUUGGGUUACACAAAAAUCGAAGCUCUGUCAGUUGGUAUUAAUCCUUAUACGGGAGAUGAAAUUGUAUAUUCCCAGGAUACAGUCGACUUGCACGUUAUCAACAUGAAAGGUGUCAAAAUCAAAUCACCUUUAACAAGAUUUCAAGUUGGCUCCACCAUACCUUUGUGGCCGUAUGGGAUACCCGAAGAAUUGACACCGAUGGUCUUGGGUGGCGCCGAAAAACCAUUUAAAUAUCAUUGGAAAGUGGAUGAUCCGCAUAUUCUUAAACUUGUGACCCCAUUUAAUCAAUAUGGAAUCCACUAUGGACUAGAAGACGAAGUAGUCAUGCGUGUAGUCGGUCUCGCCCCAGGCCGAACCACGGUACACCUCGAUGUCAUUGUACCCGGAUAUGUUAGCUCCAAAAGAAAUAAUUACCAUAAAAUAUUUUCGGAUAGUCUGGAUAUCGAAGUUUUUGAAAGUUUCGCACUGAAACAUCCUGCUAGCACUAAUGGCAAGUUAAUUUUAUUAUCCACACAUUCGAGUAUACAGUUGGAAACCAAUAUGGACGGAUUGUUGAAGCUUCGAUACGAGAUACCUAGUGUUAGUGAACCAGUUGCAGCUUCGGGAUCCUCGAAUAAAAAAUCAUUGAGCAUCCCCCAUCCGUUAGUCACUGUGUCGAAUACUGGUUUGGUACAGUCUUACGACAAAUUUGGUAUUGCAUCCAUCAUCAUCUCUGCCAUGGAUCAAUUUGGUCUUAAACAAACUAUUAACGUGGCUGUCGAGGUAAAACCUGUUCAUUUUAUGCUGUUAGAUGUGACUACAAAUUGGCGAGUGAAGACCGUUGCGCCCAUUCCCAUUAUACCUCUAGGGACCGACUUUGAACUACACGGCCACUUUUACGAUAACGCUGGUGUUAAAUUUUCCGCUACGAAUUUAAAAUUAGGUGUUCGCAGUACUCGGAGUGAUUUGAUUGGCAUACGUGCAGGUGGUGAUAACUCGUCCGUAAUUAUAUCAACAAAGAAGAGCGGUGAUAGCAUUUUAAGGGGUUUUACUACUGGGUUUUAUAAAAAUGUAGAUUACAUCAAGCUUCAUGUCGGUGAAACUUUCAGUCACGUUAUUGACAGUUUAACAACUGGGGACAUUAUAUGUCUUUGGACGCCGUUAGUAACUUCAAAUAAGGACGCUGGUAGAUGGAGCGCAAGUGAUGACUCGCUAAUUAACAUAAAUCCUGAAGCUGGAAUUGGAACGGUCGUUGGGUUUCACAAUGGAUAUGCGACUUUAACUCACUCGCUGCACCCGACUGCUAUCUGGCAUUUAUCUCUCUUUCCAGCCACAGAAAUCACUAUGCUUCCUACAUCUUACACCAUCUUAACGAAUGCUCCCAACACAACCACUAGAAUUCCGUUGAUUAUUAGUUCAAAUGAAAUCUCCUCAAAGAGUAGUAACUUUGUGAAUGGGAAACAUUGUCGAGAUUUACUUGAAACAGACUUGGAAUAUCCAUUCACGUGUUAUUUGGAACACAACUCUGAUGUGGAAAAUAUUGAUGUUCCAUCUGUAUUCAAUAUACGAAGUGGCUUUGAUGUCAGUACAGGUCAAUACACAUGUGACCUGAUCCCAAAUGAUGAUUAUAGCGCAAAAACUCACUACCUGGUAGGAAAUGUUACCAUAUGGGCAGAAUUAACUUACACCGAUAUCAGAGCAGCUCCAGUUGUUCUGCCUUUCGUUCCCGCAAUAUCCGUUACAUCUAAUUUACAUCUAGAUACAUCAGAUGGUAUACUUGUUGUUAACGGAGCAGAUACUGUUUUAGAUCAAGUGCAGGUUGAACCGGUAGAUGGCACACUUUUACAUGUGGGAAGACCAGAAAGGCCAAAAAGUCAUACCUUAGUUCAUAGGAUUACUCCACUCGAUCACCACUGGACGUUGGAUGAAUUAAGAGACGUGAUGACUGUGAUAGUUAGAUCGCCAUUAACAAACCAGAAAAUAAAGGUUCAAAUUUUGGCAGACAGGAGGGAAUUCUCAAUCACAUCUAUAAAUGCAUACUACCAAUCUCCCAUACUAAAUUUAUUGUACUCGUACGGACCCAUGGGUGUUGUCACGCUUGCAGUUUUAUUUAUAACGUUAAAGGCGUUCCAUUAUUUCACACAACCAACAGUUCACAUGAAUUCUUCUGCACUAAACAGGCCAUCCUUAAAUUAUUCUGGAAGUGACGGACUACGACCGAUUUAUAGAUCUCCUAGCACCACCAUAAACAGUGAUCGAUCUCGUUCCUUCGACAGCCCUAUUUACGGUGAUCCAAAUAUGUCGUACAGUUCAAGCCCUGAUAUACGUAGAAGUAGAAAAUUCACAUAGGAUAAGAUGACUUGUAAAUUAAGUUAUUUUUUGUAAAGUUUGUUUUUUUAAAAGUGUGUGACAGAUGUCUUUAUUUUUGCAACUUUGUGUUAGUAAAUUAUUACCAUAUACGUGCCAGUAAAUGAAUGAAUCUGUAUCCGUGUGUGACUUUAAGGUACAAAGCUGCAUUUUUUACUUAGUAGGUAUUAGAUAUUAAUGCUCAAGAUGCACUUGCGCUCGUAGUUACCUCAAUAAAGGUUG